AUGGACGAUAAUUUGGCGGAUUAUCGGCGAUUUUGCGCCAAUCGUUUGAAACGUUUGGAGCGUUGUAAAAAAACGAAAAGUUUUUGUAAUUUGGACGAUGAAAUUCCUCAUAUAUUGGCAAACUCUGGUUCUGAUCUUAUGUUAAGAGGAUCAGAAAUUCUUCCAUCAUACGGUGGUAGCAGAGCAUUUUCUAGAUUUUCUAAAAAUGUUGCGCCUUCUUCUUUCAAAUCGGACGCAAUCUUAUCUUGUUUAGGAACAAGCACAUUUUGUUCCGAAUCAAACACUUCUCCUAAAACAGAUGAUACCCGUUUUGGAUCUACGGAAGUUUUAUCCGUGAAUGUUGUAUCUCCCAUAGCUGAAGUAAAUCUAUCAAAAUCAUCUUCAUUAAUCGCUGAUUCAUGGCUUCAAAACAACCGGAAAUGUACACCGGUAACAUCUAACUUUGACAGUCCUCAUUUACCGCUAUCCUCAUGUUCAUCCUUCAUCACUGCCUCAACAACUACUGUUUCAUCUCAACCAUCUCAGUGCUCAAUGUUAUCAACAAAUAAGCCAGAAUCAGAAAUGAGGAUAGCAAUUAAUAAUAAUAAUAAUAAUAAUGAUAAUAAUAAUGAUCAUGGUGAUUCUAAUCGAAGUGCACAACGAAAUUUCGAUCUCCUGCGCGAAAAAAUGGUAAAAUUUUGCAUUAUUUUGUGA